AUGGCGGACAAGGGUGCCAUACUUUUGUGCAGAUCACUUUUUUCUUCGCGCCUUUCUGCUUUAAAUGCCAAAUCUCUGCGAUAUUUGACGAGGUAUUUAUCAAGUAGAGCCCCUGUACUCAGAGAAGAGGAGGCCAGGAUCUCUUUCAUAACGGACGGUUGCAGUAUAGAAGAGCUUGAGAAGGUUCAAGAUUUGGUCAGUGGAAAUUUGGAAAUUCGUGAGAACUUUGUCUCUGAAGAGGAGGAAGGUUUACUUCUUAAGGAGGUCGAACCAUAUUUGAAAAGGCAAAAGUAUCAGUAUGAUCACUGGGAUGACGUGAGUAUAAUUGUCUUUGGUCUCUCAUCACUAUUACCAAAAAACCUGUAAUAAUAUUAUAAAUAACUUGACGAUUCGGUUGAUUCAGCAAUUUUAACUUACUUUAAGCUAACAUUACAUCUUACUGAAUUAACAUUAUUAUAAUACAUUGUGCUCACUAUCUGUCUUCUCGUUGGCUAAGAGCCUACAGCUUAUUUUGGAAGUCAAGGCAACCUACAGAUUAUCUAGUUAUCUACUAGCAGAUAACUGACUUAUUUGUAGGUUGUGCAUGCAAUGCAUGGUUAAAUUUCCAAUAACAGUGUCAAUUCAGGUUCCUUGCGACAAUGUGUUUGUCAUUACUUUCUUCAAAACAAUGUAUAAUAAAACAAUUAUUAGCUUCGGUUUUUGCAAUAUCCUAAAUAAUCAAGGUCUCGGUUAGUGUUAUCAGCCUCGUCCUUCAGGUUGGCUGAUAACACUUACCUCGACCUUGAUUAUUCCGCAGAUCACUAAAACCUCAUCCAAUAACAAUUAUUGUUUAUAACAUUACCCAAGGGGUUUUCCUCAUUGUUUAACACACUUCAUCGUGAAAAUGAUAGGUUUUAUGCUACAGUAAGGGUGUUAUUACAUGAAAUUAUUCUAAAUAAAAUCAUGCAAACAUCAUUGUCACAAAUGCAAAUAUAUGUUGUAGUUAAUUUUUUAUCUCGGGUAAUAUCAUAGGUGACGAAUUACCCCUUAAUUUUGGAGCGAAAUUUCAGCAUUAAUUUGUAAUUUCACAUGGGAAAUUACAAAAUUGCCAUGGCAACCCUGCCGUACGUCUCAGUAUCAAGAUGGCGAUGAAGUUUUAAAAUGUGUGGUGAAUGAAGAUGUCAGGGCUCAAAAAGAUGCUUUAGAAAACCUGAACACACAAGGGAACAUCAAGAAGGAUUCUAACAGGUAUUUUGCCGAAAAGUCUGAAAACUUCUGAACUUUAUAAGCCAAAUUUAAGGUCUGAUUUAAGGUCUAAACAUUUGAGAGAGUGGAGUUCUCGAUCGAUAUGUUCCAGGAUAAACAUGUCAAAAAUUCAAGAUUACUAAUGUAAUUCGACACCCAUGAUAUUAAUAGGUAAUCAAAUGGUAUACUCGUGAAAUUAGGGAAUAAUUUCACUUGCGUUUUGUCCAAAUCCUAAUAAUUUCCCUUGCCUGAAGGCUCGGGAAAUUAUUAGGAUUUGGACAAAACGCGUGUGAAAUUAUUCCCUAAUUUCACUCGUCACCAUUUGAUUACACAUACUAAUUUUUCCUUUUCUUUUGUUUCAACUUCAUUAGCAUACUUAACCAUACCCCCAAACAAAAGAAAAACAAAAAUUACCUGAGAUAAAAAAUAACUACAACAUAUACCAGGGUUGUCAAAAGUAGCUGGCUGCUGGCUACUUGGUUAGUAUUGGCCGGCUACUCUGCAGCGUGCAAAAAAAGUAGUGUUCAAUAGCCUGGGGCUAGUGGAUUUUGCUAUGGGGCUAGUGAAUUCUGCUUUUAACUUGAGGAAUUCAAAUCACAUAGAACUGUGAAAUCAAUUUUGCUAGUCAAAACAUUUUGGGGGCUAGUUGAAAUGACAUCUGGGCUAGUAAAUGCUAGCUUUAGCUUGCCUGAAUGGCAAGCUGUAAGAAUGAUUUUCUUUGCACCCUGCUCUGCUUGGCAUUUCUUUACGAAUGGUGUUUUUUAAAUAAAAUAUCCCUGGACUGGCCACUUACUUUGACAAUGCAGCCAUCUACUUCCAAGACUUUCUGACAACCCUGCAUAUCGAAGUCAGUAACCUGAGAUUGUGAGGGCACAAUAGGCAAAAAAGCCUAUGGCCCCUGGCUUUUAAAAAUCCAUAAUUAAACCUAAAAACAAACAAACAAAAAACAUCACGGAAAUACUUACUACAAUAACCUUAUCCAAAACUCCCCAAAUCACAAAAAAAAAAAUCAUUCAAAUGAAAUGGUAGGUGUUAAUGCAAGUGAAAAUAGUGUUGCAAUUAGAGUGAUUUUUGUGAAGAGAAGAAACAAGCAAACAAAAACAACAACAAAAUCCAACUUCCAGAUGUGAACGAUAACCUCUACCAGUACCUUCCAUGCUCUAGUUAGACUGAUCCUCUAACCACUGAGCUACAGUGAAAGUAGUGGUGAGCUGGUUAAUUAACAGUGGGCUGACCAAUUACUGAAUCAUGCAGACUAUAUCAAUUAAAAUUGACACAGUCUGUGAUUUUCUGCAUUUGCAGCUGUAACUGCAUAGUGGAGUCUAAAGAAAUACUAUAUAAUAAAGUAAUGUGUGGAGCCAGAUGGAAUUAAACCCAAGGCCCUCUGUACACCACUUUGUCACUGAAUUCUUUAGCCACUGGGCUCCUGAGAACUCCACAGUUUGCAGUGGUCAUUGGUUGAAUUUGUGAAAACUACCACACUGUGCAGUCAUAUUAUGUCCAUUUUGAAAACACCCAUUUAACUGGCAGCAAGUUCCUUGUACAAUGGAACCCGGUUUAUAAGGACACUGAGGGGAUGCACCAUAGUGUCUGUUUUAUCCAGGUGUUCAUAUUAAGUGGGCUCUCAGAAAAAAACCACACGCACACACACACACAAAAACAAAAAACAAAAAAUGUCUUGGACACAAAGACUGAAGCAUAACACCAAGGAAGUCAGACUUACUGUAUGUAGUAGAAGGUAAAAAAAAAAAAUAGAAAUAAAUAAAUAAACAAAACUCAGCCUUUUUAAGGGCUUUAUUACAAGGGUCAAACACUGGUAAAAAGACAGACUUCAAACUUGUCACGCUAUUUUGUUACUGUUUUUAAGUAAUUAAAUCAAAUUAACUGAUAGAUAUCUGUCAUCAUUUUAACUCAGUACAAUGUCUACAAUUUAGCACAUGAUUGUGACAAAGGAAAUAGACAAUGCACAGGUAACCAGUGUCUGUGAAGCAAGGUAUAUGAUAGAAGAGAGUUUGUUACUCAGGACACUACAAAGUGUUCGUUCUCCAUGUUAAUCAUCGUGCUUAUAAAGCGGGUUAAUUUUGAGAGGAAAUAUAAUUAUGAGCUUUUCGUUGGGACAAACAAAACUGUCCAUUAUACAUGUAUAUGGGUGUCCGCGUGGUGGGAUUCCACCAUAAACAGUUUACAUAAUGAUUAUUAUUUUAAUACCUGGUCCUCAUUGUCAUAACAGGCAAUCCAUGGUUACAGGGAAACAGAGAAAUCAAGAUGGAGUCAAGAGUGCUUGUCUAUAUUUCAGAGAAUCAGAGAUGUAGCAUUUAACCCUGAGUUAAAACUGCUACCUCAUGUUCAUGUGUUGGAUUUAGCAAAAACAGGGUAUGUACAAUUACCAGAUUUGAAUGCUACAAUUAACUGUAAAAUAAUAAUAAUAAUAAUAAUUAUAAUAAUAAUAAUAAUAAUAAUAAUAAUAAUAAUAAAAUGAAAAUAAAAAAAUAGUAACAAUAAUAAAUAAAUAAAAUAAAUAAAUAAAUAAAAGUAAAAUAAUGAUAAUCAUAGAACCGUAAACUUCUGAUUAUAAGCCCAGGCUUAUACAACUUCAUAAGGGGUUUGGGACCUGGGAUUACAGGGUUUUUGGGACAGCUUAUAACUGGAGUAAAAAGAGUGUUUCAAAGAAAAAAAGCUGAGCUGCAUAGCAGUGCUAUAUUGGGGGAGGUUGGGCUUAUAUUAUACCAGAUGUUUACAGGUAUAUGGGCCUAUAAAUGGGGGGAGAGCUUAAAAUCAGAAGUCUAUGGUAAUUAAUCAGUAAAUUAAUUAAUUUAAAAAAAAAAACAAAAACAAAAACAAAAGCAACAUACAGUGUACAGUAUAUAGCUUAUUCAUCAAGAGAAAGUAAAUGGAAGUGCCAGAAAACUGGAUUCAAUCUCAGACCUCACCAGAUUUUUUUCUGAUUACAUGUACCUGUUCAUCAGAAGUUUUAAGAAUAUUACAUGUAUCUUUUUUUACCUGUAUGGUAUUUUGCUUGAGAGAACAGUUUUUGUUUUAAGUCUGUCACAUGAUUGAUAGCAGCUAAAUGUACUUGUACAUGUUCAUGCAACAACAAAAUAGUAUUACUUGGUAAUUGCAAUAUUAAUGUUCCUUGGCUCAUUCUCUUUAAGUGCCAUUUUGAGUUGUAUAUAAAAAGAAAAAAAAUUGAAUAAAUAAAUAAGUAAAUAAACAGCAAUGUACUGAGAGUCAUUUCAUUAAACAUUUUAGGCAUAUUAAACCACAUGUGGACAGUGUAAAGGUAUGUAAAAAGACAAAACAAAACAAAACAAAACCAAAAAAAAAAAACGUAAUUUUAUAAUCUUUUAUACCAGCAGGGAUUAGUAUACAUCAUGUGUCUGAAAGUUUACCAGUGGAUUUGAGGUAGUAGAUAAAUAGCUCUUAUUAGUCCAAAAAAAUGCAACCAUGACGUAUUUUUAUUCCCCUUAUCAACUGAACAGAACAUAGUGUUUCAAGAUUUAAAACGGCUCUUACUAUUCGUAGCAGUAUAGUAAUGUUGAUGUGUAUCAAAUACGAUCUUAGUACAAUAUGGCCUGGCUCUCCAUGGGUCUCUCCUCAUCUCUUUGGAUAGGAGAAUCAAUCUUCGUUUACAUUUUUUGCCUCAUCUCAUUAACAUAUGCUCAUCAUUAUCUGAUACAGUUGUAAUGCUAAUAAAAUAUAAUCUCUGAAUAAUAUUUAAAGAGCAUAACAAUUUCACUUAUCUCUGACAAAUUUGGGCCAAAAUACAGUAGUUUCGAAGAAAUUCUCUUGAAAAACCCUAUUGGUUCACGUUUUUGCCACCCCACAACUUUAAACUGGAUUACUGAUAUUCCAUUUGUAAUUGAAUGCAAAGAGCAGAAAAUUGGGCAAACUCCUAAAAUUAUGCAGUUCAUUUGACUUUCGAACUUAAUUUGUACAUAAGGAGACAUCUUCUAUGGGUCAACUGACAUGGUAAUGAGCAAAAAUGUAAACAGCGACAUCAGCAAAGAUUUGCCUAUAGAGCAUCUGCCUGCUGUUCAGGAGGUCGUUGUUUCGAAUCCUGUUGGGAACUCAAAGAUAUUUUUUGCUGAGCAAUUUGUGGUAAAGCCCACAGUGUAGCAGUUUAAUAUUAUGAUCAUAUCCACAGAGGUACUGGCCAAAGAAAGGGAUGAAAGUACAUAAGUUCUAAGGUUGAUUAAUUUUGUUUGUUUUGGACUUGUUUUUGUUUCAGUUUUGUGGAGAUGUAAUAUCUGGCAUUAGCCUCCUUUCCCCAUCAGUUAUGCGAUUUAAACAUGAAAAAUUUUCUAAUGUCAAGGUGGAUGCUCUUCUCCAGCCAAGAUCACUUUAUAUUAUAAGGUAUACAUGUAUGUUAACCCUUUAAGUAACAUGACCUUUACAUCACCCAGAGGAAAGGUAAUGAGAAGUAAUAAAAUGAUCAGGGAAAAUGCUUUGAUCUUUUAUUAAAUUCUCUCAUUGAACUAAUUCUUUAAAGGAAAUGUUUCAUUUUCUGUUUCAUAGGCCAGUUUUGAAUUCAUCAAAGUUCAUUCUUGACCCUGAGGCUGAGCGGAAUAAAACGAAAGAAAUGAACUAAUCAUUUUGAAUCUCAGGGGGUGUUUACAUGACACUGGGAAACUUUCCCCCUGAAAACGAUUGUGAAAAUGAAUGUCUACAAUAAUGUAGACAUCGACGCAAGUUCAUCCUAAGUUACAAUUGAACAUGUCAAAGCCAGAGAUUUUAGCGCAAGCAUUUACUGUGACUUAGGUUUUGUAUAAGAGUUGUAGGCGAUUAAGAGCAAGGGCGCACUUUUCAGUCUAAAAUUUUUUUAAAAUUUAAAUUUCAAACGUUAUGUGUAACCGUUUUCAUCAAGAGAUUAUAUUGUUGAUGUAGACCUUAACACUCCAGUGUUGUAAUGGCGUUUAACUGAUGAGUGGGUCACCUUUUCGGUGGCCUACGAAACAAGUUUGUAUUAAACGCCCAUGCACUCAGGAUUUGAGUAGUUCACCUGCUGGACUAUAUAUUUUUUUGUUCAAAUUUUCAGGGAUGCUGUAAGAUACCAGUUCACACAUGAAAUAUUAAGUGAGGAUGAAUCUGUUUGGAAAGGACAGGUUGUACCAAGAGACAGAAGAGUAUCAUUGAUUCUAAGAUGUCAACCAUCGUGCCAUGAAGGAUAACAAUGUAGUGAAAGAAUAUCCAUCAACAGUGGACACUGGGGAGACGGGACGCAGGUUGGCGGACCGCUUUAGAGAGCACCGUGAGAUGCCAUCAACGGAAGGAAUGACCUUCCUGUACCUGCCCACUUCAACCAAACCAAUCAUACACUAGAGGGCACGAAGGUUGUUGUAUUGGAGGCAAGCCUAGCCAACCAGGAAUACCAUAAGAAGCAGGGGAUGAGGUUGAUUUCCAAAUAUGGGAC